CGCGCGCUGGGGGGCGCGCGUGGGCGGCGGGGCCGCGCUCGAGGUUGGCCGCUGUUGGGAACCGAGCCCUGGGCCCGGGGCCGGGCCACCCUGGGGCUCGCUGGGCUCGGGUCUCGGCGGCUGGGUGUAGGGAGGCAGCCCAGCCCGUCCAGGGUAUCAGCUGUAGGACCGCCUCGAUCCCCCCAUCAUCGGCCGGAACCCCCGAGCCCAGGCCCUGCCUGCCGGGGCUCCAUGGGCCCUGGGUCUACACUGACCCAGUGAGUGCAGCGGCAGAGCCAGGGCAUCGAGGGCUGGAGUGGAGCAGACACUGUCCAUGGAGCUGGUGGACCGGGUGGCCAGGGGGCGGCGGUGAUGGCGCAGUUUGACACGGAAUACCAGCGCCUAGAGGCCUCCUACAGCGACUCACCCCCUGGGGAGGAGGACCUGCUGGUGCACGUUGCUGAGGGGAGCAAGUCCCCUUGGCACCACAUUGAAAACCUUGACCUCUUCUUCUCUCGAGUUUAUAAUCUACACCAGAAGAAUGGCUUCACGUGUAUGCUCAUUGGGGAGGUAUUCGAGCUCAUGCAGUUCCUUUUUGUGGUUGCCUUCACUACCUUCCUGGUCAGCUGUGUGGACUAUGACAUCCUAUUUGCCAACAAGAUGGUGAACCACAGUCUUCACCCUACCGAGCCUAUCAAAGUCACUCUGCCAGAUGCUUUUUUACCUGCCCAAGUCUGCAGUGCCAGGAUUCAGGAAAACGGCUCCCUUAUCACCAUCCUGGUCAUUGCUGGUGUCUUCUGGAUCCACCGACUUAUCAAGUUCAUCUACAACAUUUGCUGCUACUGGGAGAUCCACUCCUUCUACCUGCAUGCCCUGCGUAUCCCCAUGUCUGCCCUGCCGUACUGCACGUGGCAGGAAGUGCAGGCCCGCAUCGUGCAGACCCAGAAGGAGCACCAGAUCUGCAUCCACAAGCGUGAGCUCACCGAGCUGGACAUCUACCACCGCAUCCUCCGCUUCCAGAACUACAUGGUGGCCCUGGUGAACAAAUCCCUCCUGCCCCUGCGCUUCCGCCUGCCCGGCCUCGGGGAGGCCGUGUUCUUCACCCGCGGCCUCAAGUACAACUUUGAGCUGAUCCUCUUCUGGGGCCCCGGCUCUCUCUUUCUCAAUGAAUGGAGCCUCAAGGCUGAGUACAAACGUGGAGGGCAAAGGCUAGAACUGGCCCAGCGCCUCAGCAACCGCAUCCUGUGGAUUGGCAUCGCCAACUUCCUGCUGUGCCCCCUCAUCCUCAUCUGGCAGAUCCUCUACGCCUUCUUCAGCUAUGCCGAGGUGCUGAAGCGGGAGCCCGGGGCCCUGGGAGCCCGCUGCUGGUCGCUCUAUGGCCGCUGCUACCUCCGCCACUUCAACGAGCUGGAGCACGAGCUGCAGUCACGCCUCAACCGCGGCUACAAGCCCGCCUCCAAGUACAUGAAUUGCUUCCUGUCUCCGCUGCUGACCCUGCUCGCCAAGAACGGCGCCUUCUUCGCCGGCUCCAUCCUGGCUGUGCUUAUCGCCCUCACCAUCUACGACGAGGACGUGCUGGCUGUGGAGCAUGUCCUGACCACCGUCACGCUCCUGGGGGUCACGGUGACCGUGUGCAGGUCCUUUAUCCCGGACCAGCACAUGGUGUUCUGCCCUGAGCAGCUGCUCCGCGUGAUCCUCGCUCACAUCCACUACAUGCCUGACCACUGGCAGGGUAAUGCCCACCGCUCGCAGACCCGGGACGAGUUUGCCCAGCUCUUCCAGUACAAGGCAGUGUUCAUCCUGGAGGAGCUGCUGAGCCCCAUCGUCACACCCCUCAUCCUCAUCUUCUGCCUGCGCCCACGGGCCCUGGAGAUCAUAGACUUCUUCCGCAACUUCACCGUGGAGGUCGUCGGCGUUGGCGAUACCUGCUCCUUUGCUCAGAUGGAUGUUCGCCAGCACGGGCACCCGCAGUGGCUGUCUGGUGGGCAGACAGAGGCCUCGGUGUACCAGCAAGCCGAGGAUGGGAAGACAGAGCUGUCCCUCAUGCACUUUGCCAUCACCAACCCUGGCUGGCAGCCACCACGUGAGAGCACAGCCUUCCUGGGCUUCCUCAAGGAGCAGGUGCAGCGGGACGGAGCCGCCGCCAGCCUUGCCCAAGGGGGUCUGCUCCCUGAAAAUGCGCUCUUCACGUCCAUCCAGUCCUUACAGUCAGAGUCCGAGCCCCUGAGCCUUAUUGCAAACGUGGUGGCCGGCUCAUCCUGCCGGGGCCCCCCACUGCCCAGGGACCUGCAGGGCUCCAGGCACCGGGCUGAGGUUGCUUCUGCCCUUCGCUCCUUCUCCCCUCUGCAGCCCGGGCAGGGCCCCACAGGCCGGGCUCCUAGCACCAUGACGGGCUCUGGGGUGGACGCCAGGACAGCCAGCUCCGGGAGCAGCGUGUGGGAAGGACAGCUGCAGAGCUUGGUGCUGUCUGAAUACGCGUCCACCGAGAUGAGCCUGCACGCCCUCUACAUGCACCAGCUCCACAAGCAGCAGACCCAGGCUGAACCUGAGCGGCAUGUGUGGCACCGCCGGGAGAGUGAUGAGAGUGGGGAGAGUGCCCCAGAGGAAGCAGGGGAGGGGGCCCGGGCGCCCCAACCCAUCCCCCGCUCUGCCAGCUACCCCUGUGCCGCAACCCGGCCCGGAGCACCCGAGACCACUGCCCUGCAUGGGGGCUUCCAGAGGCGCUACGGAGGCAUCACAGAUCCUGGCACGGUGCCCCGGGCUCCUUCUCACUUCUCUCGGCUGCCCCUUGGAGGGUGGGCUGAAGACGGGCAGUCGGCAUCCAGGCACCCUGAGCCCGUGCCCGAGGAAGGCUCGGAGGAUGAGCUUCCGCCGCAGGUGCACAAGGUAUAGACAAAGCCGAGGAAGGUCCCUGUGCCCCAGGAUGGAGGCCACUGCUGCCCUGCGGUCCCAUCCGCCUGCCACGGGAAGUCCUCUGAGUGUUGCCUGGCUCCACGUGUGUGGUGUUUGUGUGUCCGUGCCUGGCCAAGGGAGGUGCCAACGGUGGGCCUGCCACAGCCCCAGGAGAGGAAGUUGGGGCCUAGGAACCAGGGGCACGCGCGAGUCUAGCCUCAGCCCCGGGACCCCCUUGGCUCAGAGUGUGGUGCUAGAAACUGGUCCCCAGCCCCAGUACUGCCACCUUUGCACCCACCCCCGCAAGUCUCCAGGGAGCUGCCCACCACAGAAGCUGCCAACCAGGGCGAAGCUGUGCCAACUGUGGAGCAGGGCGCCCCACCCUGCGUAGAUGAGCAGCUCAGGCUGUGGCCCUUACCUCACCCCAGUUCUCGCCCAGUGCUGCAGCCAGCUCACCUCUCUUGCUUCCUGCACAUCACGGCAUGUGUGUGCUGCUUGCUCCCCUCUGUUCGCCCGUCGCCGUUGGGGUGGAGGCCCUAGCUCCAGCUCCCCUCUCACCACCUUUGACACUAAGAAGGAAGGCUUCCAAAUCGCAGGAGCACGAUGGGAAUUCCUUGCUGCCCUCUCCAACUUCCAGGAUGGGCCCCUGGGAGACCGAGGCCUUCCUGGGCCCCCAAUGCUGCUUGCCGUGCCCCUCGCCACCCGCACGUGGGAUGGACAGGGCUAGAGCGCCACCUCGGCUGUCUACAACCCAGCAGGAAAAGCUCUGGCCCACAUCCCGCAGUCAUCUCGCAGGGGAUGCAGGGGCGUCGCCCAGGCUUUGGGCUACCGCGUUGCAUGCUGGGACUCAGCUCCUACCCUCUGACCUACUCCCUGUCCAGCCCUGGUGCACUGAGGGGACAGUGAACUGCGAGUGGGGUGGGAACCGUGUACAGCUUGAUAACCCUCAAUAAAGAAGGGACUUUGACCGGG